AUGUUGUACGAGUUGAUUGCGAUUGUCCGUCCGGGCAGCCUUCACGAGGUUCGAGAAAUCGCCCGUAACGCUGGCAUUCAAGUCCUGCGCUCCGGCGGCGUGGUCCGCGGAUACACCAACUGGGGAGUCUUUAUGCUUCCCAAGCCCACGACGAAACAUCAAGCUCGAUACAACGAGGGCCACCACUUUAUCAUGCGCUUCGAUGCCUCCGGUCCUGUCCAAACGUCCAUUCGCCGAACCCUAUCGCUCGAUCCCCGAAUGAUUCGCUUCUCAGUCGUCAAGCUCGGUGACAAGCUGGAAGAGGUUGGCGAUAUUUCGGGCCAGGUCCAAUGGAACAACAGGCGCAACUUGUCGGACUUGGUCUAA